AUGUCCUCGCGUUACGGAUCCAGUGUCAUUGUCGUUCAAGCUAGCAACAGCAGCCAUCACUCGACCUACUCAGCUCCCAGAGCAGCAUCCACAUAUUCGUCUUCGUCCUACGCACCAAGCACCAUCUCAAUGGACUCUUCAACCAGCACUUCCCAGUUCACCAUCGAAGCGCGGUACCGCUCCGGAUCCGCAGCCGGCUUCUAUACGGACAUCAAAGAAGUCCCGAGCUCCCGCGGCGGAUCAAGCACCGUCAUCGUCCUCCACAACCGCUCUCACGCUGACAAGGACGAACCCAGGUCGUCCGACUAUUACCAGUACUCUGGGGGCUCCCGCAGCAAGUAG